AUCUUUUUCACUGCAUCCCCUUCUUUCAUUUUGCGGGAGAAGUCUAUGUAUGUAAAUAUUCUUUUGAAGUAUCCUUUAUUUCGUUAUCUUCGAAAAUCCAAUUGGCACAAACAACAACAACAACAACAUAGGAUUGACGAAGGUUUCUAUCAAACACCCAAUAAAAACUUGACACUACACCAACAAUUUAUAUCCUCGGUUCCUUUAGAUUAUAUCUCACGCUUACCAGUAGAAAUAUGUUGGUUGAUUCUUGGGUAUUGUGAUCCAACCAGUGUACUUGCAGCAGCUUACGUAUCACGACGUUGGUAUAUUUUAUGCACAGAACCUAGUCUAUGGCGCGGACUUUAUGAAGCUCACUAUGGACCUGUGACGAAGAAAUUGAAUUAUCAAGAGUUAUAUCAAAUCAAGAAGCUUAUGGAACAACGGUGGCGACAAGGGAAACAUGAAACACGGUGUAUCUUUGGCCAUGGUGACAGUAUCUAUUGUGUUCAAUUCGAUCAGGAUAAAGUGGUGACAGGCAGUCGUGAUCGAACCAUCAAGUUUUGGAGUCUUAUACCUGGUGAAGAAGGACGAUGCUUGCGUACAUUGGCGGGUCAUGAUGCUAGUGUGUUAUGUCUUCAAUAUAAUCCACAUUGGUUAGUCUCAGGUUCAUCCGAUCAUACUGUUCUGGUGUGGUCCAUGCGAACGUUCCAAGUCGUCUGGCGAUUGACGGGUCAUGCUUCUGGAGUAUUGGAUGUUGGAUUGGAUGAUGUGCAAGUUGUCAGUUGUUCCAAGGAUACCACCAUACGUUUAUGGGAUCUCAAGACGGGUAGAUUGAACAUGACUCUUCGUGGUCAUCGUGGUCCUGUCAAUGCUAUGCAAUUCAAAAACAAUAGGUUGGUCUCGGCUAGUGGGGAUGCAACCAUCCGAUUAUGGGAUAUGACGACUGGGCAAUGUUUACGUGAUUUUGUCGGUCAUACAAGAGGUCUAGCUUGUAUACGGUUUGAUGGAUCUACGAUUGUCAGUGGAAGUAAUGACAACUUGAUCAAGGUCUGGGAUGUUCGCUCUGGUCAAUGCACACUUACUCUGGAAGGUCAUACUGGUUUGGUCCGCGCUCUGUAUUUUGAUCAACAUAAAAUCGUAUCUGGUAGCUAUGAUGAAAGCAUCCGUGUAUGGGAUCGUCGUUCUGGUGCUUGUCUUUUGAAUUUUCAACGUUGUCAUUCUAGUUGGGUCUUUGAUGUCAUGUUUGAUGAUACCAAAAUUAUUAGUACAAGUCAAGAUCAAAAAAUACUCAUCAUGGACUUUGCUUAUGAUAUUGAUACCCGUCAUUUAUCAUCAUGAUCAUAUACGCAUUAUACAAUAUACUAUAGUUAUUUUUUGAUUACAAU